UUUGUUAGCAUUUAGAAUCGCGUUGAACACCCUUACUUUGACCGUUUAUCUUUCAAAAUUGAAUUUUUAUUCUACUAUUUCAAAAUGAUAGCCACGCUUGUAUACACAUAUUUACUCAUUUGUGUGUUAAUGGUAGCUGAAGUCAGCAGUAACCAACUUCACAGUUUUGUAAAGCUUAAAAAUAUUCAAUGCAGAACUUCUCAUCCAGACUUGGUAUCAUUGGAGGAAUGUCGGAUUCUAGAUAAAAGUAAUGAGAGUAAGGUGCAAACGUUGUGCUACUUUAAGGAACGUCCAAUCAACCAAAUAAAUUUACGAAUGAAAUCUUACAUUAAACGCCCUGUUGGCUAUGUACCUUUUGUUAUUUAUAUAAACGUGGAUUGGUGUGACUUCCUUGUUAAACGGAACAAUGUAAUCCUAAAACGUUUGUUUAAUUUAGUUGAGAAAUAUUCCAACAUGCAUACCACAUGUCCUAUAGAUCAAGAUUAUAUUUACCUCAAUGCAUCUUUAGGCAAGAACAGAGGCUUUUAUCUACCAUUUAGAUUUCCUCUUGGAGAAUACCGUCUUGAUUUUUUAACAACUUUUAAUUUAGAUAUUAAAGUUGCAACAUAUGUUUACUUUGAAGUGGAGUAAUAUACGCAAUCGAACCUCAAUACAGCUGUCGCUAAAAUCAUAAAUGCAAUUCUUAUAAAAAAUAUUUUGUAUGCUUCUAAAUCAACAUCUGGUGAGUUGUUUCGGACAUAAUAUUUAGCAUUAAUACACCAAAUUCAGCCAAAUUACGAGCAGCCCUAAUGAAAUUUGAAAGGAACACUGAUUAAAAUUUUUUUAAAUUUACAUUCAUUUUUUUUAAUAAUAAUUAGCCUAAUGGCCUCUUCGGCAAGAAACCACUGACGAAAAUCGAUCUCAAAGUUAGCUGCAUAUUCCGAAAAGAAUAAAAGAAAACAAAUUGAAUUAAUUUCGAUUGUUAUUUAAUUACAUAUUUGUAUUUACGGAGGGAUGUACUCAAAAUAUAUUCGAAUUCUUUACUUGCACUUUGGAUUGGUGUGACUUCCUUGUUAAACGGAACAAUGUAAUCUUAAAACGCUUGUUUAAUUUAAUUGAGAAAUAUUCCAACAUGCAUAUCACAUAUCCUAUAGAUCAAGAUUAUAUUUACCUCAACGCAUCUGUAGGUAAGAACAGAAGCUUUUAUCUACCAUUUAGAUUUCCUCUUGGAAACCACUGACGAAAAUCGAUCUCAAAGAUAGCUGCAUAUUCCGAAACGAAAAAAAGAAAACAAAUUGAAUUAAUUUCGAUUGUUAUUUAAUUAUAUAUUUGUAUUUACGAAGAGAUGUACUCAAAAUAUAUUCGAAUUCUUUACUUACACUUUGCAAAUUUGGGCGAUCGCCGUGCAUGCUUGGGGUAUCUUCUUGAAGAUGUGAAUCGGAAUUGAAAAAAUUGAUGUCCCAUUCCUUACAUUAGGCAUAUGGUCUAAACACGACAGCCGGUUCUGCACACCGGAGUUGACAUGGAUUUCAAUCAUCCAAAAGAAUUCAACCUUUCGGCUACCUAACCUCGUUUAGGUCAUGAGGUAAAUGUAGCCUCCGUACAUCAGCAAAGUAACAUAUCGCAGCAUGGCUGCUUCAAAUCCAUUUCAUCAGGUGGCGUAGAACCCACCCCUAAUCGGUCGGACGGAUUAUUCUUGCUGCGUGUGUCAUAGACAUCUUCAUCAUUUUUCUAUCUCGAUUAAAUGCAACCAGUAAGACCGCCAUGUAUAUUGUUCAAUACACAAACAGAGUAGCACUACGUGCGCUGCGCGUCCGAUGGCAACACUACAACAACAACAACA